UCUCCAGCUCCGAGUCCUGUGAAGAAACCGACCGACUUCCGACCAGGGAAAAUCACUACCAAGAAAUUAGACCUUCCGGCAUCGUUUUCUCGCAGUGGUACAACGAGCAGCGAUGAGUCUAACACUGAAUCAAAUCAUCCCCGCAGGACUCCCGAAAGAACGGGUAGCCUAAAGGACAGGGCCCGCCAGUUUGAGAGUGGGAUCAACUCGGGAGCGAAAGCUGUCCAACGAUCAUCAAGCUUCAAAUCUGAAUCGAACUACAAAUCUGACUUCAUGAGAAGUGUAAAGCAACGGCAACAACAGCAGAGCGAUAAACCCUCCAAGGAACUCUCGGCUGCUCUGAAUCGCAGGAAUAAAGUGUCUUCGGAGAAUGGCGGCAGCAGUGGGAAGAAGACUGAGGAGUCAAGAAUUGAGCUUCUAAGAGGUGAUUGCGGACGAAGAAGUAGCGAAGGUUUGCAAGCCAGGAGGAAAGACACAGACUCUAAGACUGCUGAUCAGGAAGAUGUCUUUGAGGACAGUGUUGAAAGUUUGGAUUCCAAACAAACCGAGGCAACGGCAAAGAGUAAAACUGUGAGUAGGUUUGAAAAAGAGACAACUAAAACUGUUGAAGAGUCAAAAACCAUAGUGGUUGAAAAGUCAGAAGCCAUCUCAAAAGAAAAAACAAAGAAAGAGGAUUCAAAAGAGGUAAAAGAUAUUCAAACAUCCUCAGAAAAAUUAAGAAAGAAUUCCAGUAGUGCUAAGGAAGAACAGUCAAUCCACGAACGAGCUGACAGUUCCUCAGGAAAGCAAGUUGCCCGCUCUGAGAUGCAGUCCAAGCCUCCAAAUGUGGUGGUCAAACAGAAAUCCUCGGAUAAGCCUGUGCGUGGUAUCCUCAAGCGGUCCUCAUCGUCUGAUUACGCGUCUCGAUCUCAGGAAAGUGGUCCCAUUGUGGACCCCCAGCUGGCCGCAGUCCUGCAGGGAAGGAAGAAACUAGUGGAAGGCAGCGAAGUGACGGGCGAAAACCGAGAGAGUGAGGCAGAUAAGAGGAAUGUUAUCAGACAGGAGAUUGCACAGACUGAGAUUCACAAGGGUACAGAAGAGGAGGCUGAAGAGGAAGAGAGGCCUCUGUCUAUUGCUGAACGCAUCUUCAUGAUGGAGAACCGUAUUGAGGAGGCCAAGUCCUGCCCCGUCACUCCACACACAAGGUCAGGGGUCAACACCCCAAGGUCACGUGCACGAUCUGGUGCUUCUACACCACGCCGUGAGAGCAUCGAGAGUGUGGAGGAAGAUGUUCGACCCAGGACAAACCCACUGCUCAUCUCUGACAAACACCUGAUGGCUAAACUAGAAAAGAUGGCGGAGAAGGAAGAGCGAGGCACGGAGAAGCGACAGCGUCAUCCGCGGCGCUCACGGGACGACUGGAGGACGAGAACACUUCCUGUGACGCUGGAGGAGAUCCAGGAGGCUGACAGUUUAGAGUCAGUCAGCUCAUUCCGAGGUCUGGUGAGGCGAAAAGCCACCAUUAAUAUCUUCGAACAGAUAAAAGAACAAGAUAAGCGUCUUACGUAUAACAAAAAAACAGAAUUCCCACAACCAUUUCGUAAGGAGAAAAAAUCUCGUAGAUCUUCACGAUCGAAAACGGCACCAAUCACUGCUGCUGAACUGGGAUCUAUCCCAGAGGGAAACACUCUUCUUGAUCCACUGCGCCACUUGUACGAACCACUGAGUGCGGCAACGUCCAAGGCAGAUUCUGGUAUACUGUCGGGUUCGGAUGCUGACAGAGAUUCCCUUCAGUCAGACAGUUUACGGAGUCUAGAAAUGGAAGUCCCGGAAGAUGAUCCCACUCGACAGAGCGUGUCGGCAAGGUUGUCCAUUUUCCAACAACUUGAAGAGCAAGCCAGGGCACCAGAAAAGGAGAAACCCAAGAACCGUUCCAUUGGUGCAAAGCGAAUGAUCGAGAAGAAGAAGCGCGAGCGAUCCAGGACCCAGCCGAUCACGGAAGACGAGGUGAAAACGGCGAGCGAAUUCGCAGAUACUGACAAACAGGAAAGCAGCACAGCCAAACCGAGUGUGAGUAAAACUCCCUCCAAGGACGGCUCAUCGGAUUCGGAGGAUGAACUGUCAAGACUCAGCAUUGCAGAGAAACUGAAGCUUUUCAGUCGGAAGCCUGAAGAGAAAGCUCUCCCACCACCCACGCGAUCCAAUGCACCUGUCAUCCGCAAACGAAACCGAAAAUUGGCCUCAAGAUUCAAUACCCAGCCAAUCACAACGGAGGAGGUUGAGAAAGCCUCCAAGAUCUCACCGCUGGCGCUGAGCAUGGCCAAGCCUCCUGAUAACGAACUGUUACGGAGUUUACCCAUAGCUGCCCAGAUUGAGAUGAUGGCGCAGCAUGCAGAAGCAACGUUGUCCCAGCCGAGCUCGCGGGCAGGUUCCCGGGCAAGUUCACAGCCAGGAUCCAGGCGCAGUUCUGUCGGUACGGAGAGUGUGGAAGCUGAAGACACAGUUAAUCGUGGAUUUGAUUGGAUUUCAUUGUCAAAGUCACACAUCGUUCCCAUGGAAACAUUCCGUCAGCAGACCAAUCGGACAAGGUCUCGCGCCAGUUGGUUUGAAAGGUCUGCUACAACCACAACAAAGUCUUCGUCAUCUUCGAGGAUCCGUCGAGGAAUUUUGAAAACCUCAGAAAGCAAGGACCCACAGGAAGUUAAAAGUAUCCUGAAGCAUGAUGGGAGGAAGUCGUCCGAUUCUGAAAUCCGCGGGAUACUGAAAGACGGUGGAAAAGACAGUGCAGAACCUCGGGGAAUUCUAAAACAUGGCGACUCGGAAGGGGAGAUAACUUCAUCUGUGAAGUCUCCCGAUGAACCAUGUCGUGGGAUCCUCAAACACACAGACUCGAAUGAUUCCCAAAAAGGUCACAGGAGCGCAUUGCGGCGUGACUCUAAAGGGAAAUCGGAGGGCGAUCUUCCGAGGAGCAUUUUGAAGCGCGAUUCCCUUGAAGAGAACAAGGUCGAACCUGAUAAAGGUGUUCUCAAGAAGUCCCGUUCACAAGACUUCAAGGAAUCGCACGAAAUCCGAGGAAUUCUGAAGAAGACAGCGUCCAGCGAGGUCCGGUCAGUGUCGUGUGAAGUGACCAGUGAAGACAGUGACGUGACAAGGGAGUCUAUAUCAGUGGUAACGCGAGAGGAGACAGAGUCACAUCAUGUGGAGACUCGGAGUAACCAGACCAAUGGUACGGAGACAGCAGCUGCUUCUGUCACUGUGGAAAAGUCUGAGACAGCGGAAACAAGGAAAAUGUCCAAGAUCAAAAAUGAAGCUGUGGCUCGGCGGCGCUUUAAAGAACCGAGGAAAGCAGAAGCAGAAAGGUACCACACCCAGCCAGCUGACACUGGGGCGCCAGAGAAAACGCCAGAACAGCGGAAGAUGAAGUACGGGGCAUCACGCCACCACACACAGCCAAUCACUCCCGAGGAGAAAGAGGCGGCAGAGGCCACAGGAUCAGGGGAGCUAACGAAGACCAACAGCGGGUCUAUCGCAGAAAGGUUGAACCUGCUUAAGAAGAGCGGUGAAGAAGACUGGAAAAGAAGAAUACGUCCUGAGUUGGGUCUUCCUGAAGAUGUCCAGAUGAGAGUGAAGAAGGGGCCUCUCCUGGAACGUCCGCACAGCAUUGCCGACAGACUGUCCAAGUUAGGCGAGUCCCAGAUGAGAUGGACAAGUAGGGUGGAGGAGAAAGAUGCUCAAGCCUUCACAGUUGAGGGCAAGCAGAGCAAAAAUGGUAUUGUUUUGGAUAGCCCUGUAUCCACCAGAAAGAGGCGAUUACCAAAGAGAGAGCUGUCCUUUGGGAAAGGAGACUCUGCCCCCUCAGAGGAUGGCUCCCCACUACAGUCGCCCUCCAGAGAGAGAAUCCCCAUUCCCAAAGAGCUUAUAUCUGAAGGCCCUCCGAUAGUCUCUGUCUCAAAAUCCUCGACCUCUUCCUCGUCCAAGACGGUGAUCACAAGGGUCGGUGGCGAGGAGGACCGUGAGGUUGAGGAUGCAUUCCGAACCAUGACGGUAGAGUUACCCGACCUUGGCGAGGAUAGUUUUAACACAUUUUUCUCGAAGGUGCAAGGGUUGGAGGAGGAGAAGAUCGAUGUGUCGCUUGACGAUUUUAAUCACCUCUUCCUCAAGGCAGAAGAUGUACUGACUCCAGCUAGAAGGAUUCGUCCCAAACGCCGCCAUCUUGCUCAGAAUCGUAACCCGCUGAAGACAAUGUCCGUGGAAAUCGAGCAGACAUACACCGAGUUCCGAACGGGUGUGGCUGAGCUGGAACUGAAGAGGCUCAAACGGGAAGGCUGCUUCACAGAGUCCGGUUACAGAACAUCUGAAUGUUUGUGUUUGUUUGAACAUUUGUGCAUAGUUGCCAAGGAUUCUUCGUCAGCCCAGGUGAUGUUGGCUGAGGCUGCGGUUAAGGGACUCCAAUCCACGGAGAGUUUCAACAUCGAACUGCGCAAAACCAAAGAUUCCAAGGCACAGACACCAGGGGGUGCUGAUAAAUUUUUACCAUAUAAGGAUCUCAUGUUGUUGCAUAUUAAAGGUCGGCGCCAUGUCCAGACACGAUUGGUUGAACCACACGUCUCGUCUGUAAACAGGGGCGACUCAUACAUUCUGAUCAGACCAGACAGGGUCGUGAAUUGGAAUGGGAAGUUUAGUAAUGUCAUUGAAAAGGCCAGAGCAGCGGACAUUGCCCAAUUCGUCUCUCAGAAAAAGGAUUUGGGUUAUCGUGAAUCAUCGCCACCUAUUAUCGUGGAAGACGAGAAGAUGAGACACGUAGCCAAUAAAAACUUCUGGUCCGCGUUGGAAGGCGAUGAAGAGUGCCAAGAGUGUGGCCCCCCUGAUGAAGACGAGGCUUACGAAGCCUUCAUCGUGGAAACCAACAUGGUUUAUAAAGUCUGCAAUAACACGUUAGUCCCAUACGAGGAAUACUGGGGCAAGAUCCCCAAGGUGGAGAUGUUAAAACCCGAGGAGGUCUUGGUUUUUGACUUUGGCUCGGAGUUGUACGUCUGGCAGGGUAACCAGGUGUCCAUGGAGCAGAGACGAAUGGGGAUGAAGCUGGCCACCCAGCUCUGGGAGAAGGGCUAUGAUUAUAGCAUGUGUCCCGUCAACCCUAUCUCAGGCCUCAGGGAUGAAGAAGAAGGUGCACCGCCAAAGAAAUCCUCUCAGCGGCCAUCUUGGGCUGUAUUUGGUAAAGUCAACCAGAACAUGGAAACAACGCUGUUCAAGGAGAAGUUUUUUGAUUGGCCGGAAUCAUCGCGAUUUACAAUGCGCAGUAAAACGCCAGAAAGCUUUGCCCUGAAGCAGGUGGAGUGUGAUCUCAAACCUUAUGAUGCCAAACUCCUCAUACCUGUGAACAAAGCGCCGGUCACCAUGUUGUUUGAAGGCAGCCAUGUUGGACGAGGAGAUAAGUGGGUGGAGGAGAUGGACGGACUGCGGCGAGAGUUUGACAUCCUCACCCUGGAUGUCAUUGUCUGGCACGUCCUGGAGUACGACCACUCCAAACUUCCCAAACACAGCUACGGUCAGUUCCAUGAUGGAGACACGUACGUGGUGCGCUGGCAGUACAUGAUCACAGCCUCAGGUAUGAAAACUUUAAAGGGUCAGGCUGCUCGUCACUCGCUGACAGGACGAGAAAGGUGUGCUUACUUCUUCUGGCAGGGACAUAAUUCUACUGUCAACGAGAAAGGUGCGUCUGCAUUGAUGACCGUGGAGUUGGAUGAGGAAAGAGGCCCACAGGUGCGGGUUUCUCAGGGAAAAGAACCUCCAUGUUUUCUGAAUCUCUUUGAGGGACAAACCAUCGUUCACAUUGGCAAACGAGAAGAGGCCGAAACGAACACUCAGGGUGCUUACCGAUUGUACCUGGUGCGAAACGAACUCGAAAACGAAAUGUGCCUGAUGGAGGUGCCUCUAGGGGCUGAGAAUCUUCGCAGUAGGACGUCCUUUUUAUUGCUCAAUGUUAAGACAGGGUUCCUGUACAUCUGGCAUGGUGCCAAGUCUCCAUCGUACACAAGGAAGCUGGCCAUAGGAGCAGCCAACAAGCUUAAGGAGAAAUGCCCACUGGAGGUAGGGCUUCAUAACAAGGCCAGCGUGACGAUCACGGAACUGGAGGAAGGCUCGGAGAAGUCUGAGUUCUGGAGCGCCAUGAGGACUAGGGACAGGAAGCUGUAUCACUCCCUUCUCAAAGGAAAACCAAUCCGCCACACCCCUCGGCUGUUCUACAUGAACAGCGUGGCUGGGGUGUUUGAGGCCGUGGAGAUCCUGAACCCCACCCGCUGCCACGACCUGGUCACCCCCAUGCCAUUCCUACAGUCCGAUCUCUACAAGGUCUCACAGCCAGGUUUGUUUUUAUUGGACAACCAUGAGGAGGUGUACUUGUGGCAGGGCUGGUGGCCAGAGGGUGGUGAAGACAGCGAGAAUGUCCACACUGGGUCAGCACAGGCAAGAUUUAACACCGACCGCCGCUGUGCCAUGCAAACCACGCUACAGUACUGCCAGGAGAAGUGCCCGUCCAAGCCACCGACAGCAUACCUGGUGUUUGCUGGUCUGGAGCCUCUUGCAUUUACCAACCUCUUCCCAGCGUGGACGUUAGACGAAGAAGCCAAGGAAUCCAGUCUAAGGGAUGGCCGCAAACCAGGGGAGACAAUCAUUGUGGAGGAGCUCCUAGCCAAGUUGACACAGUCCCAGUACACAUUAGACGAGUUGAAAGAGCGUCCCUUACCUGAAGGCGUUGAUCCACUGAAGCUUGAGACAUAUCUGCGGGAGGAGGAAUUUGAGGAGGUCCUAAACAUGACAAAAGAUGACUUUUACGCGCUGCCUGGCUGGAAGCAGACUAAGUUAAAACAAAAAGUAGGACUGUUUUGAUGAAAACCACAACCAAAAAUGAUAAGCAAAAUAGUUGAAUUAUUGACCUUUCCGCAACGUCUGUGAUACAUGAGAAAUAUUUUGACAGUAUAAAGGUUUGUGCCUUCCAUCGAUCAAGCUGACCCCCCUGCUGAAGAUAUAAUGGACUGUAGGUGUUAUGAUUGUGCAAUUUGCCGUUGGCGUUACAAAUCCGAGGCAGAGCCUUCCCUGCGUUAGUACAUUUUGGCCCUAUUGGGAAUGUCCAUAUCGGGGGAUCGUUCCGUCUUCUCCAACAAUUUUAUAUGCUCCCAAUCUUUGUUGGACUCCCACCACAAGCAAGCUGUGAUCGUGAUUGGCUGAUUUUAAGAAAACAAAAAUUACUGCUGUGGAAUUUGAUUGGUUAAACGUGGUGCCAUUGGAAACUGAAUUCACCUUGCCGCGUAUAUUUUGUAUAUAAAGUCUCUUUUUGUACAGGACAGAUUCAGAAUUGAAUUGAGUAAUUUUGUAUAAACAUUUUUUUCUUCUUUCAUUUUUAUUUGUAUAAAAUGACUAUGCAUGUACAUAUGCAAUUGGCUUUCUAAAGCAGUGUAAGGAGAAGAAAAAAAAAUAGGAGAAGAAGUUUGAAAAUAGUAAAACCCUACGCAAAUUACCGAAACAAUCUUGCCUGGUUGGUAAGAGAGACAACAAGCGUGUGUCGGCGCUGGUCUGAUCGCCUUGAGUAGUUUGUGACAUUUAGCAUCCUUUGCUGGCCAAUGGUUCUUCCAGUUUUGCUAACAGUGUGGCUUGUAUAUUUUAGACAUAUGUAUAGAGUAAAUGUGCAAUAGAACACUUGGCUCAUGUCUCCUCAUUGCUUUAGAUCAUGAUUGUAAAUACGGACAUGGUCACCGACAGGUAACAAUUCAAAACGUCACAAAUGCUGAUUAUUGAAAAGCUUUUUUACCACUGUUCCACAAACGGUACAAGUGAAUUACUGUGUACAUUAUACAAGGCCAAAUCACAUCAUCCAUGGAAUUUUAGCUCCACAUUGACGGAAUGUCUUGUUCUGAGCAUUUCAUUCUUUAGAUUGUUUGGGGGUUUGUUUUGUUUUGUUUCU